UCUCGGUUUUUUCCUGUUAUUUUCUAGAUGUGUAGAUUUGUAUUCAUCCCAUCUUGCAAGUUAUCUCGUCAUUGUUUUUGACGGUCAGAUCUGCUCAGAACUGGCACCGACAGCCCUGCCUACCCGCUCUGGUCCUGUGGUGGGGACCUGGGCCUGGAGCCUUCUCCCGGUCAGGCACAGCAAGACGUCUCUAACGGACGACCUAUGCGCCCCCGAUUGUCACGUGCGUGGGCCCUUUCACGGGGCCCCUAGGAAGUGUGUUUCCCGAGAGUCUCCACUGACACGUCUGAGUCAGAAUCCGAGUUCACUUGUUUGACUCUGUAUCUCCCAGUGCAGGCAGAGGAUGGUGACGUAAACAAGCGUGCAGUCAGUGACAGCCAAAAGCAAUGUGAUGUUUGGUUGCUGGGUGAACAUUUGGUUAUUGUCCCUGGGAUGAUGUUGAUCUGAAGCCAGGGUUUACCCCCAUGCGGAAUCGGCCGCCUGUCCUGUGUUGUCUGCGGCGGCUGUCAGCCCUGGAGUCACUAAUGGUUCUUCUUUUUCAUAAUUCGUCAUCAACCUUUCCUGGCUCCUCUUCUGUCCCUUGUCCUGGCUGCCACCCAGCCCAGACUUCCCGCUCUGCUCCCUGCUGCUCCCCCGCGCACAGCCGCCACGCCAGGGGCCAGGGUCCCUCUCCCCAGCCCUCUGCACAGCACACACCUCAGAACUGUGCCCUGCAGGUGUCCGACUUCCGGGAGCAGCUGCUGGCCUGCGCCGGGGUGGAAGCAGAGCGCGUGGUGGAGUUUUCCUGCGGUCACGUGAUCCCGCCAGACAACAUCCUGCCCCUGGUCCUCUGUGGCGGGCCCACCGAGCAGCAGCUGGAGUUCACCUACCAGAAGAGAGAGCUGCCUGCUAUGGUGGGUGCAGCUGGGGGCUCCGGCAGUGCGGGCAUUGGGGAAGUUGGCACUGAGGCACCCGUGCAGCUGGCACUGGAUGAAUGGCAUCUCCAGGUGCUCCUCGGGGAAGGCGUGGGCUGCCCGCCCUUUAGCCACUACGUGCUCUCCCUCAGCCCUCCAGGUGUCCCUUUAGGACCCAGUGAGUGAGGAGGCUGCCCGUUCUUAGCCCCAGGCAGGGUGCAGGUCUGGGACGCGUCUCCAGCCACCUACUACGUGGGAACAGUGCCUCCCUUGUCGUGGAUGCUGUCAGGACGCAGGAGCUGGGGCACUCGGGGGCCCGGCUUCUCUUUUCGGUGCUGGUGUUGGGACUUGUGUCUGGAGGACAGGCUGGCACACCCGCCUUCCGAUUCCUCUCGGGGCCGGGUGGCCGCUGUCCUCCCGGGCCCAGGCAUGUCCUGGGUAGAGCUCUGCCUCGGCUUGGAGCCCGGGGCGUGUGGUGUCUGGAGGGC